AUGUUAAAGAAUAUUGGUUUAAUAAGAAGAUAUUUUUGCUAAGCCAUCAAGCAAGAAGAAAUAUAAGAUUUAGAUUAAAUUACUAUCGCAAUUGUAGGAGGAGGUCCAGCAGGAUUUUAUACUGCAAAAAAAAUACUUAGUGAUAAUGAAUAAGCUCAUGUACAUAUUUUUGAAAAACUCCCCUUUCCUUAUGGUUUGGUGAGAUAUGGUGUUGCACCUGAUCAUUAGUCAAUAAAAAAGAUUAUUAAUGAUUUUAAAGAAGUAAGUCAUAACCCAAGAUUGAAGUUUUAUGGAAAUGUCACAAUUGGUAGAGAUAUUACUGUUAAAGAAAUAACUGAAAAUUAUUCAGGAGUUGUUUAUUCAUAUGGUGCUUAAAAUGAUAAAAAGCUUGGUAUACCAGGGGAAAAUGUAAAAAAUGUAUUUUCAGGAAGAGAAAUAGUAAAUUGGUAUAAUGGACACCCAGAUUAUUCAAAUUUACCUUUGGAUUUUUCUAAAAUAAAAAAUGUAGUAAUCAUUGGAAAUGGUAAUGUUGCUUUAGAUGUCGCUAGAAUUCUAAUUAAGGCUAAGACUGGUGAAUUAGAUGAUACAGAUAUCACUGCUAAGUCUCUGUCUGAGUUGAAAAGAAAUAAUAUAGAAAAUAUAUUUUUAGUAGGAAGAAGAGGAUUGAUUUAAGCAUAAUUUUCUAUGAAAGAAUUUAGGGCUUUUUCUUAAACUAAGGGUGCUAAUUUUUAUGUUUGGAAGGAUGAAUAUGAAAGAAGUUUAAAUGAAAAUUCUAAAUGGGAGUUUAGUGAUUAAAUGAAUAGUGCUACUCGCUUAGCUAGAAUAAACAAAAGAAGAUAUGAUAUCAUUAAAAAUUUAAAAUAAAUACAAAACUUGAAAGAUAUUGAAAAUAAUUCUUAAAUUAAUGUACAUUUAAAAGCUCUCCUUUCACCUUUCUAAGUUAAUUCUGAUAACGGUUACGUCUCAUCAGUUGAUUUUCAUAGAAACACAUUAAAGGGAGAACCAUUUGAAUAAAAAUCUUAUGUAGAAGAAUCUUUAGGAACAGAAAAUAUUAAAUGUGAUUUAUUGAUUAGAUGUAUUGGAUAUGAAAGUGAAAAUAUUGAUGGUAUUUAAAUUCCUUGGGAUGUUUAAAAUAAUAAAAUAGCUCAUUAUAAUGGAUGUGUCUUACAACAUAACUCUAAAGAUAAAAUUUAAAUUGGUAAAUAUGCAUCUGGUUGGGUAAAAACAGGUCCAAUAGGAGUUUUAGACUAGACAAUGCUUGGAUGCAUAGAAACAACAAACAAUAUUGAAAAUCACAUCAAUCACUUAGCUUUAGUACCUAAAAAAGACUGUGAAGAAAAAAUAAAUUAGAUUUUAAAAGAGAGAAAAGUUUAAGCUGUUUCUAUUUAAGAUUGGGAAAAGAUUGAUGCAUAUGAAAUUAAAAAAGGCUAGUAAAAUAAAAAAAUUAGAGAAAAGAUUGUAAAUAUUGAAGAAGUUUUAGAGUUGUUAAGAUAUGAGUGA